CGCCAAAGCACCUGUUGGUUGGACUUUAUCGUGUAAAAUGAGGUUUAUCCUGCAUGGGACAGAACUCAGAACUACAAAGCAGAGCACAAGGUAUUGGGUUCUUGGUGAAGAUGUCUGGGUUACAGUCGCUGUUGUGUCUUUUCUGGCUGGGUUCAGUACAGGCUGGGAAGCUGUUAGUGAUUCCAGCAGAUGGAAGCCACUGGAUUGGGAUGAAGCCUUUAGUGGAGGAGCUGGGAAGGAGAGGGAAUCAGGUGGUGGUCGUCAUUCCAGAGGAAAGUCUCAGUAUGGGUCCUUCAGAACAUACGACCACGCUUACGUUUCCUGUACCCCACACUAAAACUCAGACGCAAGAACUUGUAUUGGCCUACAUGGAUGAAAAUCUUAACACAGACCCAUCUGUUGAUCUGGGAGGGCUUCUGAUUUCUUUCAUCACUGUGGAGACAUUUAAGACUUUCACAGUAAGAAAUGCGGAGAGCUUGCUGUUCAACAAGGAGUUGAUGAAGACGCUGAAGGACUGGGACUUCGACGCCAUUCUCACAGACCCUUUGGAGUCUCUGGGAGCCAUCGUUGGUGAAUUCCUCAACAUCUCAUCCAUUUAUAUUCAGGUUAACCAUCCAUGUGGUGCUCACUUUCUGGCCAGCCAGUGUCCAAGUCCAGUUUCCUAUAUCCCACAUCGAUAUACUCAGUAUUCCAACCGGAUGGGCUUUUUCAGGAGGACUGUGAAUGUGGUGAAGGCUUUGCUGCAGCCCCUGACCUGUAGACGUCUGUUCAGCCAUGCAGACGAGAUUGCCUCACGAUUUCUACAGAGAGAAACGUCCAUGCUGGAGAUCAUGAGUCGUGCAGUUCUCUGGUUCGUGCGCUUUGACUUUGCCUUUGAGUUUCCUCGACCAGUGAUGCCAAACAUGGUCAUGAUUGGAGGAUUUUCUGUCCCUAAACCAAAACCUUUGCCACAGGUAAGCUUUAGAAAUGACACUGCUGUGAUUGAUUCUCCCAACAAGUUCAUGAACACUUGAGAAGUUUUGAGGUUU